AGGGGCACCCAAUUCACACUUGGCACGGAAAAGGUUAUCAAACAGAUCACGCGAAAAUCAUGUUGUCAAGAUGCAGCACUAGAUCGCGUUUUUUGUACCAGGCGAACUCCAUUUUCCAAAGAAAUGGUAGCACACUGGUGAUAGCAGAGCAUGACAACGAGAAACUAACACCAGUCACUUUAAAUGCCAUCACAGCUGCAAAAAAGUUGGGUGAUGUAUCCUGUCUGGUAGCUGGCACUCAGUGUGCUAAGGUAGCUGAGGAAAUCAGCAAGGUUGACGGUGUACAGAAAGUCCUGCUAGCAGACAAUGAGGCAUUCAAAGGAUUUUUGCCAGAGUCGCUCACACCCCUCCUUCUGGCUACACAGAAGCAGUUCAAUUUCUCACACAUAUUAGCUGGAGCCACAGCAUUUGGAAAGAAUUUGAUUCCGCGAGUCGCAGCCAAGCUAGAUGUUUCCCCUAUUUCUGAUAUCAUUGGCAUCAAGAGUGAAGACACCUUUAUCAGGACCAUUUACGCUGGAAAUGCUGUACAGACCGUGAAGUCCAAUGACACUGUAAAGCUUGUGUCAGUCCGAGGAACAGCUUUUGAAGCGGCAGGGACAGAAGGCGGUAGUGCCGCAACAGAGAAUGCUCCAACUGCUGAGAUCAACAACUCAAUAUCCGAAUUUGUUGGUCAGGAAUUGAGUAAAAGUGAUCGUCCAGAAUUGACCAGUGCAGGAAUAGUCAUCUCCGGAGGCCGAGGGAUGAAAAACGGGGAUAACUUCAAGCUUCUGUAUGACCUUGCUGACAACAUGAAAGCGGCAGUGGGAGCGUCUCGUGCUGCUGUAGAUGCUGGGUUUGUCCCUAACGACAUGCAGAUUGGACAGACUGGAAAGAUCGUAGCUCCCGAUCUGUACAUAGCUGUAGGUAUAUCCGGGGCUAUCCAGCACUUGGCGGGUAUGAAGGACAGUAAGGUGAUUGUGGCUAUCAACAAGGAUCCUGAUGCACCUAUAUUCCAGGUGUCCGACUACGGACUUGUCCAGGACCUCUUCAAGGCUAUUCCAGAAAUGACAGAGAUGACAAAGAAAUGAUUUGAAGUGAUAAGUUUGAUUGGAAUCAUUUGUAAAUUGGAUCACAAUACCCUACCACAAAGGAUUACACAAUCUUCAUGGAGAUAUGAAGUUUGGGAACAAAAGAAACUGAUUUGAAAACAUGUUAUGUUGAAAUUAUUCAUGGUUUGAAGUUUUCUAAACUUAAUAAUGAAAUGUUGCUGUAUGUUUGUAAUUUAUACUGAGUAAAUCUGUUAAACAAUC